AUUGCGUUCUUAGCGAAUAAGAGAGUGGCCGUUUUGUCUAUAUCACGGAGAGCUCGGGUGGAACGUUUAUUUCGGAGUUGUUAGAACAGAUUUGAGCAUCAAGAUGAGUGGCAGAGGAAAAACCGGCGGAAAAGCUAGAGCUAAGGCCAAGACUCGUUCAUCCAGGGCUGGACUUCAGUUCCCCGUGGGACGUGUGCACAGGCUUCUGCGUAAAGGCAACUAUGCCGAGCGCGUCGGUGCCGGCGCUCCGGUCUACCUGGCCGCAGUGUUGGAGUAUCUGACCGCUGAGAUCCUGGAGUUGGCCGGUAAUGCCGCCCGUGACAAUAAGAAGACUCGUAUCAUUCCCCGCCACUUGCAGCUCGCCGUGCGUAACGACGAGGAGCUGAACAAACUGCUCGGCGGAGUGACCAUAGCUCAAGGUGGUGUACUGCCCAACAUUCAGGCUGUGCUUCUGCCUAAAAAGACCGAGAAGGCCGUUAAGACCAAAACAGAUUUGAGCGUCAAGAUGAGUGGCAGAGGAAAAACCGGCGGAAAGGCUAGAGCCAAGGCCAAGACUCGUUCAUCCAGGGCUGGACUUCAGUUCCCCGUGGGACGUGUGCACAGGCUUCUGCGUAAAGGCAACUAUGCCGAGCGCGUCGGUGCCGGCGCUCCGGUCUAUCUGGCCGCAGUGUUGGAGUAUCUGACCGCUGAGAUCCUGGAGUUGGCCGGUAACGCUGCCCGUGACAACAAGAAAACUCGUAUAAUUCCCCGCCACUUGCAGCUCGCCGUGCGUAACGACGAGGAGUUGAACAAACUGCUUGGCGGAGUGACCAUCGCUCAGGGUGGUGUGCUACCGAACAUUCAGGCUGUGCUUCUGCCUAAAAAGACCGAGAAGGCCGUCAAGACUAAGUAA